AUGGCGCUCACUAAUUGCCAAUCUCUAGUGAUUUUGGUGCUUUUGCUACCCAUAGCAACCAAAGGAGAUGACCAUAUUCCUCCAAGCCUUUCUCCCUUUUUUGAGAAUUUAUGUAACGAAGUUGAAUGUGGAAGAGGAAGUUGUGAGGCGGCCCCGGGUUACCCUUUUAACUUUAGGUGCGACUGUGAUGACGGGUGGAGGCGAACCCGUCUUGAGGAUGACGACGAGCGAGACUUGGAGUUCCUCCCGUGCAUCAUCCCGAAUUGUUCUUUGAACUAUUCGUGUAUGCCGGCCCCUCCACCAGUGCCACCAAAUCCACACAACUUAUCCUACUUUGAUCCUUGCUAUUGGGUGUACUGUGGAGCAGGAAGUUGCACAAGGAAUGCAACACAUACGCACACGUGUCAAUGCAAUCCAGGCUACUCUAAUCUUCUCAAUAUCUCUGCCUUCCCAUGCUACAAUGACUGUGCUGUUAAUUCAAACUCUUGUGGGCGACUUGGAAUAGUUCAGGGCAGGUCUACUUCAAAUACGAACCCGGCAAGUGAGAAUAAUCAAGGUGGGGGCUUGUAG